CAUUGAUAAACAGUGAUUUCGUAUAUAUAAUUCCAGUAGUUUGGCUACGGGAUUUUCACGUUGACUUCAGAAGGACACAACUAUUCAUGUUAACUGUUUAAUAUUAAGAGUCAGUGAGCUGCAGGAUUCAAACCCCGAGGUAUUUUGUUUGAUUCGGUCUAUUCUUUCAAAUAAAGGAUAGGCAUCGUUUAUGGGUUGUUGUUACUAAGAUAACAUAUUCUAAGUGCGGCCUUUGGUCACUACUUGAAUUCGUACAUUCCAGACGUUAGCAAUUAGUAAUUUAUUUUUUUAUUCUUUCAGGUACUUGCUUAAAUAAGGAAAAUAGUCUGGAUCUUCCGACAUAUAAAAACCGUUCCCAAUCUUUUAUACAUAGAACUCAAAGAACAUUUUGUUUGUUACGUCUACUUUCCAAGGACUAACAAUCAGAAAUAUUGCAUACUAACCAUGUCUACGAUCGCUUUACUUUCGAUUAUCGUUGCAGCUGCUGCUUUUAAGGCUUUAUUCUUCUUUUCCUAUCAUUCAACUGAUUUUGAAGUACAUCGGAAUUGGAUUGCGAUUACAUGCUCGCUUCCGAUAUCUAAGUGGUACUUUGAUGAGACUUCUGUAUGGACGCUAGACUAUCCUCCACUGUUUGCGUUUUUCGAAUGGUUCUUAUCAUUUAUAGCUAUCAACAUUGAUCCAGAAAUCUGCACCAUCACCUCUCAUCCGUACAUAUCAAACGGACUUAUUAUUUUCCAACGACUUAGUGUUAUCAUUUCAGAACUUCUCAUGUUUGCAGCCCUUGUGAAAUUACUACAUUCAGUGAAACUGUCCGGUAGUGGAUUUUUAAAGAGAAGUUAUUAUCCACUGUGUUUUCUUUUUGCAUUCAAUUUCGGACUGAUUAUUGUUGACCAUAUACAUUUUCAGUACAAUGGGUUUUUGUUUGGGAUAUUAAUUCUAUCUAUGGCGUAUAUAAUUGAAGGAAAUUACAUCAUUGGAUCAUUCUUGUUUACCAUACUUUUAAAUUUUAAGCACAUAUUUAUGUAUGUAGCUCCAGCUUAUUUUGUUCAUAUUUUGAUGAACUAUUGUUUGGGAAAACGUGAACUUUUCAAUGUUGUUAAUCGAUUUAUAAAGGUUGGCAGUGUUGUUAUUUUAGUGAUGAUUUCAUCAUUUGGAUAUUUCAUUUACAUGAAUCAGUUAAAACAAGUGUUCAGUCGUCUUUUUCCAUUUAAUCGGGGUCUAUGUCAUGCGUACUGGGCUCCAAAUUUCUGGUCCUUAUACAAUUUGGUCGAUAAAGUAUUAAAUGUUCUAGACGAUCAUGUUCUUCAAGUAUGGCCUGAGAAAAUCUCCUCUACUGCAACCAUGACUGGUGGUUUAGUGGAAAAUGUGGAACAUGUUAUUUUGCCUACUAUAAGGCCUUCACAUACAGCUCUUCUGAGCUUACUGUUCAUGCUGCCCACUUUAUGUGUAUCAAUUAGGAAAAGUCGUUUCUUCAACUUUACAACUGCUGUAAUUUCUCGUGUCUUUUUGAAAUCUGUAAUUAUAACAGCUUGGUCGUGUUUUAUGUUCGGUUGGCAUGUUCAUGAAAAAGCAGUUUUAAUGUUUUUAUUACCUUUAAACUUUUUCACAUUGACUUCUGGAGAACAUCGGUUUCUUACCUUUUAUGUGAGCACUUUGGGAUACUACAGCCUUAUACCAUUGAUCCCUACAAAUGCUGAAUUCCCGGCUGUCAUAUCCAUUUAUCUAGCACAUACAUGCAUUCAUUGGCUUAUCCUAUUUCGUAUUCUUCCCAUAAACGUGAACAGUAAUAAUGAAAAAAGUAGAUCUGAUCAAUCAAGAUCACAGCAUAUCAUACAAAAAAUUGGUUGUCUGCAUUUAUGGGGUCUUGCAUUAUUAUUUAUGUUCACAAAAAUAAUCCUACCGUUAACUUAUUUAGAACAACGUUUACCGUACCUACCAUUAAUGCUUACUUCAGUCUACACAGCAAUUGGAUUAUUCUGUUCUUUUAUAAUAUUUCUGUGGUCAACAACAGACUUUUACUGUUUACCAACUAUGCUGACAGAAUCACUAGAAAAGCUUUUUACGUUGAAUGGCAACUGAAACGGGAAGGAGACCAUAUCACAUGUAACGAGAUCAUCCUAAUCAGAAAAUAGUAUCCUCCUUCUCGAGGCAAGGGUGUUGUUUACGAAUUUGAGAGGACGAAAAGUGAAUUUCCGGCGCUUUGACCGGGUUGCUGGAUAUGGAGGAUCCACCUAGAGGAAUUCGAAAACCCUUAUUCCAAACCAAUGGUCCACAUGGAGUCCAGGAUCCUAAGGAAACAAAUGGCGUAUGAACCAAUUAUUGGUCACCGACUACAAUGGGACUGCAUCUCCUGACGUUGCUCCACUGCCUUGUGGAUCAGACCUUUAGGUCGAAGGUUCCGGGUGUUGCCCCUCAAGAAAACCACCUGCUUCGUUCUGGCCACCUGGCCAGUAUCACAGCCCGCACACAAAUCAAAUGAGUUUUGUGGCGCAUGUGUAUUCGGUGCCCCUUUGUACCAAUAUUUAUGUGUUCAAAUAAUAAUACUUUAUAUCAGUCAGUCAGCUACAACGUAGGACUAGGCACAUAUAUGCAUCGGUCCAAGUUGCCAUACCGCAUUAGCACAGCAAGAUGAACACCUGAUUCCUAGGAGUAGUUAAGUCAAUGGUGGCGAUAUAUAAAAGAAAGACUGCAUAUAAAGAUAUAGUACAGGAAGAAAGAAUUAGUAUGUAGAAAGAUUUCAAUCUCAUAGUUUAAGGGAAGAUAGUGAGUAUAUGCCUACGCCAUGUCACCCAGAGUCUCCAACCAUUGGUUACGAUAGUCACACGGACCCCAACCAAGUAGUCUGCAUCUACCAACAUGGCUCAGACUAGAAGUUAGUGACUUCAAGGACUGAUGUCACGUUUUGGUUUGGCCGCCCCUAACUUUCUUCCAAUCUCAGUCGAAUACUUUAUAUCCCUUCAAGCAAUUAUCACACAUUAACUUACUUGUGCAUUUGAAAUUGCUUGUAUUAAAACAUCAUAAGCGACUUUCUGAUUAUGCAUCAUCGAACAUUCUUCGAUUAAAUAAAUCAACUGUAAUAAACCUGUACGUUUUAAACGAUACUACAUGGAAAUUGAAUGUAAUUAAAAAAGACAAGAUACAAUAUUCAUUUAAAAAAUUAGCCGAUUAAAAAAGGUUCAUUUUCAAAUAGGACAAACUAUCUGGCAAGCAAUUACAUAGUGCAUCGAGAGUUUCAAAAUUAUUCUUUUUCGAAUCAUAUGUAUCCCUAACGAUUUUUUUACUACGGCUAGUACUGUUACUGUGGUGUGUGCUACUGAUGUCGACAGGUAUAAGUGGAAUGUAUCACCAAUCGAAAGUGGGAUACUUGGCGACAGAAGGUUAAGAAAAUUGAAGAGAACGUCAACAGAGAGCGAUUGGUAUGGAAACGAAGGAAUAACAAGAGUUUAUUGGAGCGUAUAUUAUUUAAUUUCAAUCCUUAUUCUGGUUGAAGAAUAGUCAAUUGAAGGUAUCGUGACCAAAGAAUAUACCAGACAGUAGAAGAAAAUAACAGUAUUAGUUAAAUAUUCAAUACAGUAAUAACCAUUAUAAUGAUAUAAUUGAAUAAAACUAAAAAUUACCUGAUUCAUUUCGCCAUCGUGCAAUCCAAAGAAAAUCCCCAACAGGAAGUGCUCUUGAUUCACAUUUGAUACUGUACUUUUGAAAUACAGUUGGAAGCAUUUGUCUUACUUUGUUCGACCUAUUGUUUUUAUUUUGUAAUUUAAACAUAACAAUGCAAAAUAAUGAGUUAGUUAAUAAUAACAUUAUUUUUAAAAAC